AUGUUAGAUAAUUUAGAAGAUGAUAAAAUAUGUGCAAAAAAAAAAAGAAAAAAAAAAAAAAAAAACGAAAAAAACGAUGAAAAAAAUGAUAAAAACGACGAAAAAAACGACGAAAAAGAUGAUGAAAAAGAAUCUACAGGUUAUGAUAAAAAAAAUAAUUCUUCUAGUUCUAUAAAAACAAAAAAAAAUAUAAAUAAAAAAAUAGAACAAUUGCUAGUUAAUAAUAAGGAGGAACCAGAUGUAGACAUAUUAAUUAAAGAAAAUAUAAAUGUGAAAAAUGAAAAAUCAGAUAUAUCAAAUGAUGAUAAAAAUUUAGGAGAUAAAAUAAAGAAAGAAAAAAAGAAAAAAAAAAAAAAAAAAAAAAAAAAAAACGAGCAAAACGAACAAAACGAGCAAAACGAGCAAAACGAGCAAAACGAACAAAACGAACAAAACGAGCAAAACGAACAAAACGAACAAAAUGGACAAAGUUUACACAUUUCUAAUGUACAAUAUGAUGAAAAAAAAAUAGUCGUUGACAAUAAUGAGAGUUAUAAAAUACCAGUAGAAAAUGCAUCUACUUUAGAAAACUUUGAAAAUGAAAAUUGGUCAGAACAACAGGUGGUAGAACCCGAAAGUGUAGCAAAAACGGAUGAAAAAAAGGGUGAAAAAAGGAGUGAAAAAAAAAGUGAAAAAAGCGAAAGGAUAGACGAAUUAUCAGAAGAUCCGAUGGGAUGUAAUAAAAUAGAAAAUAACAGUUUUGAAAUAAAAAUAUUUGAAAAAAAAAAAAAAAAUGAAAUAGUAAAUAAGGAGGCUGAAAAUAUGAUUGAAAACAAUGAAGAAGGAAAUUCCGAAAAAAUUGUAUCUAAGAGCUUUUCCUUAACUAAUGAAAAAAAAAAAGAAGAAAUAAUUCCAACCAAUAUUAAAUAUUUAGGGACUCUCGAAAGCAAUAUAUGUAUUAUUAAUUCUUUCCAUGAUUUAUCGAGCAUUUCAUGUGAAGACAAAAGUUAUGAGAGUUGCUCGGAUAGUUCAUUUAUUUAUCAAAACUCAAACGAGAAUUUUAAUUUAUAUAAAUAUAUAAAAGAAAAUAACAAUAAUUAUAAAAAAAUAUUAAAAAAUAAUUUAGAUAUAUAUGAAAAGAAAUAUGUUAAAGAGAUUAUAUUAUUUUUAGAAAAUAUAUUAAAACUAUUAAUUGAAAAAAAGACAAAAGAAUCUAUGUUAAUUUUUCAAGGAAAACAGAUUCAAGAAAAUUCAAAUCAAAUUAUGGAAAAAAAAGAAAUAUGUUUUAGUAAUAGUUCGGAAGAAGAUAAUGAAGAAAUUAUUAAAAAUUAUGAAAAGUAUAAUUAUAAUUCACUAGAUGAAACAGAUGAACAAAAAGAUGUAAUACAUUCAAAUAUAAAUAAAAAAGAAAUGAUUCCAUCCAAAAAGGGUAUAUCUAUAAAUAAUACAUCUGACAAUAAUGUUGAAAAAAAUGAAACAGAUAAAAAUAAAUUAUUAUACAAAAAAAAAAAUAAAAUUUAUUCUGUUAUAAGAUCUGAGAAUAUUUCACCUAAUUUUGUUUCAAAUUUAGACACAGAUAAUUCAAUUCGAAAAAAAGACAAAAACAUAGAUGACGAAAAUGUUUUUGAAAAUAUAAAAAAAGAUACAAACACAUAUAAUGAUUUGCAAACAAUAAAAUUAUUUAAAAAUGAAGAAAAAAUUCAAAUAAAAGAAGAUAUUAUAGAUAUUGAAAUAGAUAAAGAAGAAGAUGAAAAUUCUGAUGAUAUUUUUGAAACCAUAUUUAAAUUUUAUAUUACAGAUAAUCAAAUAAAAAAUAAAGGUAAUAAAAAAGAAAAUAUUAAUAACGAAAUAAAUGGAGAUAAAACAAAAGGAAUGAUGAAUAUAGAAUUAUUUUUAACUUUUACUAAAAAUUAUAAAAUAAUAAAAAACUUACUUACGAAAAGUGAAUUGGAAAAAAUAUUUAUAAAUGAAUGUAAAGGAAAUAUAUAUAUAACAUUAAAACAAUUUAAAAAAAUUUUAAAUAUAUGUGGGCAAAUAGCUUUUACUAAACCACCUCAUAAAAAUAAUUAUACAGAUACUAAAAAAAUAUAUUCUUUGUUAAUAUCUUGGCUUAUUAAUAAUUCACCUGAACAUCAAAAAUGUAAACUAAUAAAAUAUAUUCCAUUAAAUUCAUGCACAUUUUUAAAUGAUAGCAAUAAAAGCAAUACCACAAAAUCGAGAGAUGCAAAACAUAAUAUUUUUAAAAGUAGCAAAUCAUCUAUAUCUUUUAAAGACAAAUAUAAAAAAAAGUAA